AUGGACUUCCUGCAUCAUGUUCAGGGGAUUGUUGUUCUCAACGAACUAGGUGGCCGCGUCUUCGCCAAGUACUACAUCAAUGCAGAGAUGCAAACUGCUGGUGUGCUGAAUACGAUGGAUAAACAGCGGGCGUUGGAAUUGGGCAUUCAUGCCGCGGCUCGAGAUCCGAAACGCGGUUGCAGCAACUCCAUGGAUGGUGACGUCAUGAUUCACGGAGGCCACACUGUAUUGCUGCAUGUAUGUGAAGACAUUACAUUUGUUGUAAUCGGCGAUGGUAGUGAGAAUGAAUUAGUGCUUCACAGUGUUCUCCGCGGCCUUGUAGACGCCCUGCGCCAAGAGUUGAAGGUGUCGGACCUCAAUCUGCGGACAUUGUUGGGAAAGUACGAUGCGGUUCUAUUAACCGUGGAUGAGCUGGUGGACGAGGGCAUUAUCCUUGAAACGAAUCCAAACAGCAUUUGCCAAGAUGUUGUUCCGUUUGUUUCCGAAUCGGGAGGCGAGGCGGCCCGCAAGGCGUUGGACAAGGUCAACAAGUACCUUAAGGAUACUUUGUAA